CGAUAAUGUGCAGUCGUCGUAGACAAACGCAGAAUAAACGAGCGCGCAGUCGAACACCAUUUAACCGUUACAGUUUAGUUUGCUUUCGUGCGUUUUGUUUUGAUCGCGCUCUUCCCUUGAAGAAUUGUAGCUGAUAUAUUAUUUUUUUUGAUUUCUUAUUGUGAAUAACGCGACAAAUGCGUUUGUGUGUGUUGUGUGUGCUUGCAACAUUUUUACCUGUAUAUGCGAAAGUCUGCAAGCUGUUUGAAUCCCAAAUGUAUUAGUCAUGAUCGCGAACGCUCGUUGCCGCAAUUUUGAAUCAUCCGACACACCUCCUGCCCCCUGCCCCCCCAUGCGCCCGAUCCACAACUGAAUGCGCUCAGCAUUCGUGAAUAACCCGGCGGCAACAGCGAGCGCAAAUCGUUAACUGUUUACAUUGCUCAGAGCUGGCUUAAGUUCAGUUAAGUUCAGUUCACCUGAGUGAAGUUGUGGCUCAGUUAUUACUCAUAAACACCUGAGCGCUGACUUUAGGUCGCAUCGCAGCGGGAUUUGCUCUCAAACAGCUGCGAUUACGUGAAAUAAUCAACAAACUAAUGUCUGAUAAGCACAGCGGGUCGAGUAAGUGCGUGAUUUGUGAUUUGUGAUCAGUGAUCAGUGAUCGGUGAUCGGUGAUCGGUGGUCGGAUCGUGAAAGUCAGAUUGUCUGCCCCUAACGAAUCGCAUGUGCCACAACAGAAGGCCAGCAUGAAUGACGACACAACUGCGAGUCCGAGUCCGGGCCUGGGCCAUGGCGUGGAUGAUAUGCUGACUGCGGCGCCGACGGGCACAGCGAGCGGCCUGGAUGCUGUGGACGAAAGCGGCUUCUCGCAAUCGCUGUUGACCUUUGCGGCGAUCAUGACCUUUCUGAUCAUGAUCGUCGGCAUUUGCGGCAACUUUCUGACCGUUGUCGCGCUUCUCAAGUGCCCCAAGGUGCGCAAUGUGGCCGCCGCCUUUAUCAUCAGCCUUUGCAUAGCGGAUCUGCUGUUCUGCGCCGUGGUGCUGCCCUUUCAGGGUCUGCGCUUUGUCCAGGGCACCUGGCGGCAUGGCCCGGUGCUCUGCCGCCUCAUUCCGUUCAUCCAGUACGGCAAUAUUGGGGUCUCGCUGCUGUGCAUCGCAAUGAUCACGAUCAAUCGGUACGUGAUGAUCACCCACCAUGGCUGCUAUGCACGGAUCUAUAAGCGCCACUGGAUCGCGAUCAUGAUCGCCGCCUGCUGGCUGGUCUCCUACGGAAUGCAGCUGCCGACGCUGCUUGGUGCGUGGGGUCGGUUCGGCUACGAUGCCCGACUGCAGACGUGCUCCAUAAUGAGCGACGCGCACGGGCACAGCAGCAAGACGACGCUGUUCAUAACGGCCUUUGUGAUACCCUGCCUGGUGAUUAUAGCCUGCUAUGCAAAGAUCUUCUGGGUGGUGCACAAGUCCGAGCAGCGACUGAAGCGGCAUGCGAACAAACAGAACUCCAUACCCAACAAUUUGCGGCCAGUGGCCGCCGCGUCGCCCGCUGGCCAGGAUGGAUCAGUGCAGCCGACGGCGGCGGCCAGUCGUGUGUCCAGCGACAGCAGCAGCUACUCGACGGAUGUGCCCGAGGGCAAACAGCCGCCGCCACAGUCGCGGGUCAAGGAUCAGCGUGAGGUGCGCGCCAAGCGCAACGAGUGGCGCAUUACCAAAAUGGUGCUGGCCAUAUUCCUGUCGUUCGUCAUCUGCUAUCUGCCCAUUACGAUUGUCAAGGUGGCCGACAAGGAUGUGGAGCAUCCCAGCCUGCACAUCUUCAGCUACAUCAUGCUGUACCUGUCCGCCUGCAUCAAUCCGAUCAUCUAUGUGAUCAUGAACAAGCAAUAUCGCAAGGCCUACAAGACGGUCGUCCUAUGCCAGCCGGCCAGGCUCCUGCUGCCCUUUGGCAAAACGAACGGUGCCAGCAGCGCCGCAGAGAAAUGGAAAGAUACCGGAUUGAGCAACAACCACAGCCGCACCCUUGUCUCCCAGAUGUCCGCCGGCGCAGCAGCAGCAGCAGCGGCGGCGGCGGCGGCGGCGGUUGCAGCGGCAUCGGCGUCGACGCCGCCGCCGUCGCCCGCAUCCGAUUGCCAGUCCUUGCCGGCGACCAAAGCGUCGCCUCAGUCACUGGAGCUGAUGUCCCGAUGUCCAGAUCUAAUAAAUCGAACGAAUCAACCGCCAUUGGUUACGCCCCCGCCGCCAUCGGUAACGCUGGCAACGGCUCAACCGAGCAGCAGCAACAGCAGCAACAGCAGCAACAGCGGCGGCAGUCGGCUGCCGCUCAAGAAGAGCAAUCACUCCUACAUCAACAACGGCUUCAACAGCAGCGGGCACAGCCAGAACAGCGCCGUUUAUCGGCCCGCAGCUGGCUCCCCGCCGUCGGCAGCGGCGGCGCCAUUGCGUCGCAUCACCAUGGUGGGGGACGAUAUCAUACUGGAGGAGGAGGAACUGCCCGCAGUGCCCAGUCCGACGGCGACGGCGCUGUCAGUCAGCAAAGUAACCAAAUCGCCCAUCUACAUGAACGUCAACAGUCCGAAGAGAAACCAAUCUUAUAGCGACAAGGCUUCGGUCAAGGAUGCACUGCAGCAGGCAUCUGUCCCAUCCGACCAGGGCAAGGAUCAGCAGGAUGCUAGCAAAGUGCCCAUAAAGUUUCCAAAUCCAAAAGACUAACGAAAUGCUUUAAUUCCAAAUAUCGUAACUGUUACAUUCCCCCCACGCCCCACCCCACCACCUUCCUCCACUACGUACGUUAUAUAUAUCUUGUAUAUCGUACAUAUCGUUAAGCAUAUAUCCUCUAUUCAAUAUCGACUACGGCAUAUUUAUAGGCAUAUACCACAUAUAUCACAAACAGUAUACUGAGCUCUCAAUAUCGUUUACGGUAUGUGUAUACAAAUAUCUAUGUGUGUCGUCAAUUCCAUAUCGUGCUUACAAUAACGUUUACGAUAAGCCAAGUACUCAAUAUUGAUUGCGUUUAUAUAAAUAUGUAUAUCGACGUAUCGUAUUUACCUAUAUCGUAAAUUGUAGAAUAUCCCCAACAUCGUUUACGAAGUGAACAUAUACGUUAUCGUAAAAAGUAUAUCGUACUCAAUAUCGUAAAUGGUGGCUGGCACACGUUAUAUAUCGUAAAUGUUAUAACAAGUACUCAGUUCCGUUUAUAUCGUAAAUCGUAAAUCGUAAAUCGUAAAUGGUUUAUUGUGCUCCCAAUAUCAAUUGUGGCACAUUCAUACAUAUAUCGUAAUCGUAACAUACUUAUAGAUAUUUAUCGCUGUCUGCACUUAGUAUUAACCAGUCUAUCUCCGAAUUCCCCAAGCUCAAACUGUAUAUGCUGUUCAAUUUUUAAAAUAUGUUGUCGAUAUACAUAACCAUCGUUAAAGUCCGUAUCCGUAUGUCUGACAUAAGCAAGGCAACAAACCCAUUUAAAAAACAAAAAAUGCCUCCAAUUAUGAUUCAUUUGUAAAAACAUCUAUUCGAAUCUAAAAAAAAACUAUUCAAUUUGGCUUAAUAUGAACUUUAUAUUUGUACAGCAUUUCAUUAACAUGUUUGUCCACUGUUAACAGCUCAUGUUAAAGUUAUUAUGUUAUGCGCCCAUGUUACAGUUAUGGGCAAGGAACACUCAAUUGUCGAUCACGUUCGACUAGAGCUUAUUUAAUUAUUUUUUAUAUAAUAUAUUAUAUAUAUUUUUUUUUAAAUAUUAUUUAUAAAAUUGUAAACUAUCUUUAUUUUUUUUUUUUCGUUACGAUCGCGCUGAGCUCCGAUUGGUAGGGGUCUGUUGCGGACCUUGACCCCAUUUGAUAGCUAGAUUGUUAACCCAUAUAGUAUGCCAUAAAACAUUCCAUAUAUGUAUUUAUAUAUAUUAACUAUAUCUGUAGCACUAACUAUAUAUGUUUGUUUGUACCUAUCGUAGCAUAGAUCGCUCGCACAUUGGGCUGCACUGUAAAGCAAUCGAAUAUACAAUAAUACUUAUACAAAACAUUUCA